UCUGUUCUCGUAAGUAUUUUGAUGGAUGUUCCUUCGCACCUGUAGUCCUUUGAGCCUUAUUAAUCCAAGAAACUUUCCCUCCGAAUCAAAGAGCAGAGAAAUUCCCAAACAAGAGACCUCAAUCAAUCAAAGAAGUAAAAAAGAAAUAUAUUUGUUUGACUUUUUUGGGGGUUAAAUGCAUGGAAGAGUUCCACGCACUGCGAGGAAACUUCCUGUUUCCCUGUCGGAAAGAAAUGUCGUAGUAUCUGCGUAAGACCAUUAUAGCUGAACUCCGGUGUCAACACUUUUUACUGGAUAGAAAAAGAAGAGCCGAGAGAGACGGUGGCUCCAAUGUCUGCUUAAGUUGAUAAAAAGCUACGAAAGAAGUUCUUGAAUCGCGGUGCUUAAUUGCAGCAAGCACUCAAGAUUUCCUUCACUGGUUACUUGCUUGAGAACUCCAGCAAAAGAGUUUAUAUUUCGGUUUGGAAAAUUGAUGUUCUAAAUUUCCAGCCAACAGACUAGCAUUUAGUGCUGUGAUUUUUGGGAAUCGAAGUCUAUAGCUUAGAGUUUAGAGGCUACUUUAGCAACGUGAAAGGUAAUCUUAGAGGUGUAGUUGAAAUUCAGGAUUUGUGGUUCAAUAUUCUGAUUAUUGACUAUCGAGGUUGUGAUUGUUGGUGAUCUUCGAUUUGUAAUCUAUGGGGGACCCUGACAUGGUGAUUCCAGAAUUAGAAGGGGAAGGAAACCUUCUUGCUGCGGUGAAGCGAACUAUGAUGGCAUUAAGAUCAAGAAAGAAUCUUACAGAUGACGAGAUGGAGAUUUUGGGCGACCUUCAUACCCAAUUAACUACCACAAUCACAAUCGGCGAAAGAAAGGCUGAUGAAAAUAACAAGAUUGAAAAAAGGCUAAAUGUUAUUCAGGAGAAGAUUAUGAGUUGGGAUAGACAUUGGCCUAUGAUCUGGGACUCGCAUCUUGAUCAAGCUACUGCGUAUCUAAAUGCUGCUGGUGAAGUCCGAGAGCUGAAUGAAAGACUGGAGACUUUGUUGUGUCGGAAUGAUGACAGCAAAAAGAAGAUGCUACAGAGGGCUCAAAAAGUUCUUCAACUGGCAAUGAAAAGGCUUGAGGAGGUGUUCAAGCACACGCUUGUUGAAAACAGACAACCCUUUGAGCCAAACCAUGCUUCUGUUUUCUUAAGUGCUGCCAAUAGAGUCUCAAAAAUCUCUCCUGGGGAUUACUUGGUUGAGAACUCAGAUGAUAGAUGUAUUUUUAACAGAAAUUCAGAGGAGUUCAUCAUUGAUUUGGUUCAAUAUGAUGUCAUUUCUGAGCUCAGACGAAUUGCAAAUUUGAUGUUCAUUUCUGGCUAUGGUGAUGAAUGUUCUCUGGCAUAUAUUAACCUUCGAAGAGAUGCCUGGAAUGAGUGUCUUUUCAAUCUUGAAAAGGAGAAACCGAGAAUUGAAGAUGUGCUAUGCUCGAAGAGGGACAACUUCGAAUCAGAGUUGGACAGCAUAAAAUCGAAGAACAAGAGAUGGAUUCAGAAUAUGAAGAUCUUUGUACGUGUCUAUCUUGCUAGUGAGAAAUGGCUCUCGGGACAGAUUUUUGGGGAACUCAGUACGGUUAAUUUGGUUUCUUUGUCUGGGGAUUUAAUCUUGCUGCUAUUGAAGUAUUUUGGGAAAGACAUAUCUAUUUAUCCCCUAAAUCCAGAAAAGCUGUUCCAUAAUCUUGACAUAUACGAGGUCCUGGCUGGUCUUCAUCCAAAUGUAGAUUCUUUGUACUCCGACAAGGAUUUUUCUCGAGUUAGAGUUUACAGCGAUGAGGUUCUAAGGGGAUUGGCUGACUCUGUGAGGCGAACACUUCAUGAAUUUCCGAAUUACAUUGUUACAUACAUUACGAGAGAUUCUUUUGCGAACAUUCCAUCUGAAGGAAUUCACCCUCUCACCAAAUAUGUAAUGAAGUACAUCAGUACUCUCGCUGACUACAGCGAGACCCUUAAUUUUCUCCUCAGGGACUAUGAUGGGGAAGAUCCCAUGUUAGCAUCCCCUUGCAAGAGUUCAGAUGUGGAAGAAGAGAACAUAAGUGGAGGCACAUGCGACUUUUCCCCGAUUGCUCACUCCUUUCGAUCAAAUGCCUCAAUUCUAAAAUGGCUUUACAGUGGCUCCCCGAUGAGUUCAGCUAUGCAAGAAGAGCGCAUAAGUAGAGAUACAUCCAACUUUUCCCCAAUUUCUCUCCAACUGGGAUUGGAUGCUUCACUUCUAAAAUGGCCAUCCAAUUGCUUCCUGCUAAGUACGGCUACAGAGGAAGAGAGCAUAAAUGGAGGCACAUGCGACAUUUCCCCAGUGGCUCUCUACUUUCGAUUGGUUGCUUCCAUUUUAGAAUACGAGCUCUUCAACAGGGCCAAGUCAUUUAAAGAUGCUUCUUUACAGCACGUAUUCUUGAUGAACAACAUGCAUUACAUGGCACAAGAAGUUGUGAAUUCGAAUCUUCAGUCUGUACUCGGAGAUGGGUGGAUUCGACGGGAUGCCUUAGAUGAGUUUCUCCUUAUUCUUGAAAUGGAGAAACUGAGCAUUGAAGAUGUGCAGAGAUUGGGGUGGGACAGAAUAAAUUCCAAGAUCAGGAGAUGGGUUCGGACUAUGAAGAUCUUUGUGCGGAUCUAUCUUGCUAGUGAGAAAUGUCUAUCUGAACAGAUUUUUGGGGAUCUGGGAACAGUUGAUUUGGUUUCUUUUGCUGAGGCUCCAAAGGCUUCAGUGCUGCGGCUUUUAAAUUUUGGUGAAGCUGUAUCUAAUGGUCCCCAUAAACCAGAAAAGCUGUUUCCUAUACUUGAUAUGUAUGAGGUCCUAGCAGAUCUUCUUCCAGACAUAGAUUCCUUAUUUGCAGAUGAGGCUGGUGGUCGUGUUAGAAUUUACUGUCGAGAAGUUCUAAGGAGAUUGGGGGACUCUGUAAGGGCAGCAUUUCUCGAAUUUGAAAAUGCUAUUUCAACGAGCACCUCAACUGACCCUAUUGCAGGAGGUGGAGUUCAUCCCCUCACCAAGUAUGUUAUGAGUUACCUCAAUGCUCUCACUGGUUACCGGGAAACUCUCAAUUUUCUCCUCAAGGACCAAGAUGGAGAGGAUACCAUGUCAUUGUCCCCUGACAUUAAUCCAUCUACAGAAGAAGAGAACGCUAGAGAAGGUGCAUGCGAUGGUUCACCACUGGCCCUCCACUUCCGAUCAGUUGCUUCAAUUCUAGAAUGCAAUCUUGAUGACAAGGCCAAGCUAUAUAGAGAUGCUUCUUUGCAGCACAUAUUCUUGAUGAACAACAUUCAUUAUAUGGCUCAAAAAGUUAUGAAUUCGAAUCUUCAGUCUAUACUUGGAGAUGGGUGGAUUCGAAAGCACAACUGGAAAUUCCAGCAGCAUGAGAUAAACUAUGAAAGAAAUACCUGGAGUUCUAUCCUCGCUACACUAGAGGAAGAGGGGAAUUCCAAUUCUUCAAGAACUCUUCUCAAGGAAAGGUUUCGGAAUUUUUAUACCGCUUUUGAGGAGGUUUACAGGACGCAGACAGCGUGGUCAAUCCCAAAUGCUCAUCUACGAGAAGAUUUGCGAAUCUCAACAUCCCUCAAGGUGAUCCCAGCUUACCGGACAUUUGUCGGAAGACAUACAAAUCAAAUUAGUGACAAGCAUAUCAAGUACAGUGCAGAUGAUUUACAGAAUUACUUGUUGGAUCUCUUUGAGGGGUCUCAAAGAUCAUUGCACAAUCCCCACAGGAGAUCAUAGAGUAAUCGAUACAUUGUAAUUUCUUAAACCUGGGGUUUAGGCUUUUAGUUUUGAUGUAGGAUAGCGUGACGAAGGAAUCCUAGACCGACUGGAAUAAUAGUUCUGCAGGGAAGAAAACACCGGGAGCCGAGCAGUGUAUUUUGCCUACAACUACUCUUUUCCUUAUUUAACAUAGACUCCUAUAUUGGAGUCCUUAUUUUGCUAAUAUUAUUGCUUUAAGUUUAGGACUUUGA